CGCCUCUUCCCCAUCUUCCAUUGUUAACCUUCCGCUGCAAGUCACGUUCGCGCCUCGCUCCGACCACUACAGAUCCGGUCUGCGUUCUGACGCCUACGCGACGGCCUUUGUUCGUCAUCAUGGCGGCCAAGCCCGAGAAGCUGGAUCCCGUAUGGGAUGAUCUCGAUAGGACCAUGGGCCAACUGUUUAUGAUGGGCUUCGAUGGCACCUCCAUCACGCCGCACAUUAAGACGCUUAUCGAGAAGCAUCACUUGGGUUCUAUCCUGCUGACGGCCAAGAACCUCAAAUCCGCCGAAGAGACCACCAAGCUGUGCUACGAGCUUCAGAAAAUUGCCCACGAUGCAGGCCACCCAGUACCGCUCGCAAUCGGUAUUGACCAAGAGAACGGUGGUGUCAACAGUCUAUAUGACGAAAUAUAUGUCCGUCAGUACCCCAGCAGCAUGGGUAUGGCAGCAGCGGGCUCAAUCGAGCUCGCUUAUGAAGUCGCAAAGGCGACCGCGCAAGAGAUAUCCGCCUGUGGCAUCAAUUGGAUAUUCGGCCCGUGUUUGGAUGUACUCACCAAUGCUCGAAACCAGCCUCUGGGGGUCAGAACAGCUGGUGACGACCCCCAGGAAGUAUCCGCGUAUGGCGUGGCUUUCAUGAAAGGCUACAAGGAUGCUGGCAUCGUCACUUUAGGCAAGCAUUUUCCGUCCUACGGUAACCUCGAAUUCCUUGGUUCAACCUUGGACGUCCCAAUCAUCACCGAGUCGUUGGAGCAACUGAGUCUGAGUGCGUUGAUCCCAUUUCGGGAAGCUAUCCAGCAGGGUCUCGACUCUAUGAUGGUCGGCGGCUGCGCCAUGUCUUCCGCAGGUCUCAAUGCCAUGCAUGCUUGCUUGUCUGAACAGGUUGUCGACGACCUACUUCGCAAACAGAUGAACUUCGACGGUGUGGUGGUGUCCGAGUGUCUCGAGAUGGAUGCACUCAGCCAUAACAUUGGCGUAGGUGGUGGCACUGUCAUGGCUGUUAACGCUGGUUGCGACAUUGUCCUGCUCUGUCGUUCAUUCUCGUUUCAGCAAGAAGCACUCAAAGGUCUUAAAACAGGCAUUGAAAACGCAAUGAUCUCUAAAGCGAGGAUAUACCACUCUCUGCGCCGAGUCCUGAACAUGAAAUCGAAAUGCACAUCCUGGGAGAAAGCACUGAACCCACCCGGUAUCAGCUUCCUUGAAAGUCUUCAACCAUCACAUACUUCAUUGUCUACGAGGGCGUACAACGGGUCCAUCUCCGUAGUGCGAGACAAGAACCGCCUUCUGCCACUGUCCAACAUCCUUGAGAACGAGGAAGAGCUGUUGCUCCUGACCCCUCUAGUCAAGCCUCUGGCUGCCUCUGCUGCCUCGCGCCAGCUUUCAGAGUCUGCGAACACGAAUUCACCAGAACCUGCUGCUUGGGCACAGAGCUCCUCUGUGAUGAGCGGAGAAAGAGUUUUCCGAGAACUAGGAAGAUCUCUAGCAAGACAGCGGAAUGGACGUGUUCUGCAUACGUCGUAUACAUCCAAUGGAGUGCGACCGGUCCAUGAGAACCUGAUCAAUCGUGCAAGCGCCAUCGUGAUCAUCACUGCAGACGCGAAUCGAAACCUUUACCAAAACGGGUUCACAAAGCAUGUUUCUAUGAUCUGCAACAUGCAGUAUACUACGGGCGGCGAAAAGCGUGAGAAGCCAUUGAUUGUCGUCGCUGUCAGUUCGCCCUAUGACUUUGCCAUGGACUCCUCAAUCGGGACAUAUAUAUGUACCUACGACUUCACCGAAACUGCGUUGAACUCCCUCGUCAAAGUACUUUACGGAGAGAUUUCACCCACCGGAAACCUGCCUGGCACCAUCAGCAAAAGCCAGAAACUGCAUUCCUCAAGACAACACUGGCUCGUCGAGAUUUACAAUGAGGAAAGAGACGCGAAUGCUCUCGACAACCUGAUUACCGCAGUCAUGGAUGGUACACCGCCGAAUCAGCGGUCAGAACUUUCGAGUGCGACGUCGAACUCAUUCAUUCUACACGACAAAGAGGUAGAGGAGACGCACUUUGUCGUUCGUAAUAGCAGUACGAACGCGCUCUACGGCUUUUGCUCAACGUACUUCUUCAAGUCGACAGGUACUGGUGUCAUAGGUGCUCUGUUUGUUGACCCCGGACGCAGAAAGCUGUCAAUUGGGCAUUCACUUCACAACAGAGCGAUCCGCACGUUGCUACAAAGAGACGGAAUCAGACGAUUCCAGCUUGGGUCGCGAUUGCCGAGCAUCUUUCUUGGAAUCCCCACAGGCCACACUACGGAGCGCAAACGCCUUCGCUCCUGGUUUGCCAACCUUGGAUGGAAUGCUGCGCUGUCUCGAUCGGUUUGCAAUAUGGUUGCACGCAAUCUGCAGGCAUGGUCUCCUCCAGAGGGCAUGGCAAAGAGUCUGGCCAGUGCAGGUGCACAGUUUGACAUUGUUUACGGGUGGGAUUAUGCAAGCCCCAUCCUGGAUCACAUCAAGACUAGUAAUCGUCAAGGACUAGCCGAAGUGUACAAAAUCGCUCUCUCGGAUCCUUCGGCGUGUGGGAUCCUUCGCGCGAAGCGGCCGGAGGACGGCGCUCUUGUUGGUACCGUGGUGCUCUACGACCACCGCUCGGCCUUGUAUGAUUUCAUACCACCCCUGAAAGACCUCAAAGAAGCUGCAGGAGGCAUAUCGUCACCCGUCAUCUCGCCUGGUGUGGGCGAGUACUCGACGUUGCUGCAAGGGCUGGUUCUACUUGGGAUGCGGCAGAUCAAGAAGUUGGGCGGAAACGCAUGUUUGCUUGACUACAUGGACGGCGAUGGGAAUUUUGACGGCUUCUCGGCGAUGGGAUUUGAAGUACUGCACAACUUUGAGGAGGUGAGCUGCGACGCUGCGACGUGGACGAUGAUACCUCCUUCUUAACGAUGGCGUACGACGUACUUAAGAUGGUCGAUUUGUGCAGCACGAACUCUCAAGGAAGAUGAUGUGCUAUGUAGGGAUGAACAGAUGUUUUGGAUACCCUGGCAGGCGUUCGGAAUCAAUGUACGAUAGCGCGUCUCACAACGGUAAUAGGUCGCGGAGACUUGGCAGGGUUGCCGAGCAUUUUGCUAGAGCAUGUCCGUUUUCUGUGCAAGCUCGUGGGUUUCUGAAGGAUCCGGCGAGGCUGCAAUGGGAUAGAGGUGGCUGUCCUGGGGUAAUGUCACUGGCUGUCAGCAGCGUGCUGACGGCUGUCGAUACGAGAGAAAUGCCCCGACAAGACCCGUUCGAGCUAGCUGCGCAAGGAGCAUGUGCAGUG